GCCUGUCUGCCUGCCUGCCUGCCUGCCUGCCAGAGCACGUAGGGAGUGCAAGAGCAGCUUCAGCAGCAAGGAGGCACCACGUCGCAGUCGACCGGAAGAAGUCGUGCUAGCGCUCCAUCAGGCUCAAACUGGAAUGAGGACGGAGGGGUGGGCUUUCUCGGAUCCCUGCACCUUGUUAUUGGUUGUAUUAUUUACUCUGUGGUACAAUGUACGUACGACACCAGGCACAUUGUGUGAAAAUGCGCGGAGAAUUAUUUAUCUAACGUAGACUGACCUUAAUGUAACACCGAUAUCCGGCGCACAACAUCAAUCCGACUAGCGUGUGUUGUGCAAGGUAACAGAGAACGGUUUUAAGGUUGAACGGCUACAAUCGACCAACAGUCAAGAAAGAAAGGCGGUCUCUCGGGAAAGACGGAAGCCAUCGUCAAGGAGGACUGAAUUGUAUCCCUGAAUACUCGCAGAUUAAGCCUCGAUCUUCUGUCUGCUGCUUGCGUAAAUGAGACCAUGACGCUUGGAACUUGCGUGUGAUUUACAACGGUGGACGGAGGAGGAACACGGUGCCCUGAACUGGUAAGAGAUCCUGCUAAAGACCCGGCUGCUGCAGAGGAGCCAUUAGCUGUCUGUUGUCAGUACUAGCUUCUGUUGUGUUAGCAAGUGGUAUGGCUAGCUUGUGAUUUUCUUUCCCGGGGUCUCGACUGAUGUCAGCCUAAAACAUCCAGCACGUGGAGAAAGAUACUAACCACACCGCUACCUUAGAUGAUGCUGGGUCCUUGUUGGGCUAAUGGCAUCCUGAUUUAAUUUACAAUACUAUUUAAACCGACAACCAAAACCCGAGACUAGACACCGUCUAGGUGGUCCUGCAGUGUAUGAAUUGAUAACUACAAAGACUGCUCUGUCAGAACAUACUGAAGCAGGCUUUGUAUGGAGUGAAAAAAGUUUUGGAAGUGGUAUAAACCUGCUGGUGAUUCCUACUUGUCUGACUUGUUGCACUCCUCUUACUGUUCAGACUUAAUGUCUGAAGUUUUUCAAAGGUUGGGGAUCUUAAUGAUACUGUACAUGAUUUAAAUUAAUUAUGAUUAAUUUAAAACAAAUAAAUACAAACAAUAUACGUUCUCUUGCCCCAAAUCAAAUUAUGUUCCAUUAACUAUUUCCAUUAACUUGAAUUGUGCAUUUAUCCUCAUGCAGCUUUAAAGGGAUAUUCUGGUGUAAAAUUAAUUCAGGGUCAAACACAGUAACACCAAGUUAGACACCCCGCAGCUCAAGGAAGAACAUUUAUGAUCAUUUCUUUAUGAUCGCCUUGAAGUAAUAAUCAUCUCAUUAAUCAUUUUGCACUGCAGACGCGACAGUUUUUCUGCUCUACAUUCUCGGUCUGAUUGCAUUUCCAUUAGGAAAUGAUCAUAAAUGUUCUUCCUUGAGCUGCGUCACCCCGCAGCAGUCCAUAAUGGAGGGGGUGUCUAACUGUGUUACGGUGUGUUUGACCCUAAAUUAAUUUUACGCCAGAACAUCCCUUUAUUCACUUAUGUUUGCGAAACCUUAAUCUCCUUCAUCACAGCCUGCCCAGUGCUGUAAUGUUUUACCGUUUUUAAAGACAGCUGUUUUGGUAAAGACUUACUAACUGAAUAUAAUAGGUGCCCAUGUGAAUUGAAGAGCUAGUAUGUGUGUGGCACCUGGAGCACUGGCACCCUAUGUAAACUCACUCACAUCAUGGUGUUUGUUUGGAUCAAGCUUUCUUUGGCAACAUUUUAAAACCUGAUGAAAAAACAUUGGUAUUGUAAUAUCUCUAAUAGCUUGGAUUGUGGCCUUUUUUUAUCUAAAAAUAUAAAUUGAAAUGUUAGACCAAAGGUUACAGAGUCAGAUAUGAUUAAAUCUUACCUGUAAAGUACACCUGGGACCUUCUUGUUUGUUAAAUAAAAUUUCCACUAUAGGUGAGCUUGAAGUGAUUUACUUUAAAUUUGAUUGGUGUUUGUCAAGAUACGAAUUGUUUUUGUAUAUAAUUAAAAAAAAUGUUUUGCAGUGUUUUUAAAUUAAACUAGUCUUAUCACUGGACAAGAUAUUUCAUUCACUCAAGGCCCUCGCUCACGGAAUCCCUCCAAUGUUGCGGCAGAUUUUGUUCCAUGCUCUAGUACUGGCCCUGCUUCAGUUUGGACUCUAGCAGUGGAGGUGGUUUUAACAAGCACCUGACUUGGAAAAAGGGGGGGGAGGGGGGGGGGGGUAUGGCAUGGCUAUAGCAUUAGCUCUGGCAAUAAUGGGAAGUCGAAAUAUUCUCUGCAAUUGAUCUUUAGACAUACAUUUUUAAAAUUAUGUUUUUGGGCUUUUUGUAUCAUAAUUGAAGCAGAUAGGAGCAGGAAACAGGUACAAGACUAGAGCAGUGAUGUGCAUGAAGGGGCUGCAGACUGUCUGAGUUGAGACAUAGUCUCUGAAUAUGGGGUGAAUACUUAGAUAAUUAGGCUAACAGUGCCCCUAGUUCUUUUUAAAGAUUAACAAUCAGUUAUCAAUUACUGAUGAAAAAAGAAGAAUCAAAGAUUUUUCCAAUGACAAAAACAGGAUCAAAUGCAUUUUUUCUUUUAUCACAUAUUUUCCCCAGCAAUAAACUGAAGGCACAGUAGAACUACAGAACUUGAAGCAUUGUUAAACAAACUGAAUACUGACAUGCAGAGUUGGCUUAUUAUAAUGGCCACAUAAUCAUAUAGACCGAAGUUCAAACUAUAUCAAACUGCUGCAACAAGAAAACCAAACAGAAACAUGUUUAAGUCUCAUAGUCUUAAGUUUCUGCCUGCUUGUAUGGAAGUAAGCAUGUCCAUACAGUCAGGUGUCAGAGGAGAGUGCAACUGGGUCAUAAUUGGUCAGGCAGCAGAAAACACGCUCAGACAGCACCAGUGUCCCUGGUAUGCCAAGUAACAUGUCUCCUCUAACAGCCUGCAUGUCCUGCAAAAGGCUCUCGAAGUUUGUUUUGUCAUGCGACAGUUGUUGUGUGUUACCAAAAAAAGAGCUGUGGGGACCUGGCAUAUGGGUACAGCCCCUAGCUGAGCAUCUCUGCUGUGUCUAGAACAUUCAGCCCUUCAGUUGCAUUGACACAUUCCUCAAAUUUAUAACACCUACCUAAUUGCUCAAUUUAAUAGGAGGCCACUCAUUGUGUAUUCCGGUUAUGAUAGAUAAUCACACGAAAUCACGCAUGCUUGAAUCUCAGUAAGAUUGUUUAGGAAAGGGUCGUCUUUUCUGCAGAACAGUUUCAGCUUUUGAUUGCUUUUGUUCGAAUUGUUCGCUUGACUCAGUACAUCACAUGACCAUAGCUGAUUAGAAAGUAAAAGAAGCCAGUUGACAGGUAAGGUGGCAUCAAGGCAAAUCAUUCCUCCUCAAGUGGUUUGAAAUAUUUCAGUCUGUAGUUUUCCUGGUUUCAAUGGCACUCUUUUAACUGCAUGUGCCAGUUCUGUCAAGCCCAUGCAGUCCAGAGCAGCUCUAGGGCCUUUGUCCAUCAGCACUGUCUUGUGUGCUGGCAGAGCCCACUACCCCAGUUUUAGAGAGCCUGUCACCAGCCCCUUACCUACAUGGAUAAUGGCUCUUUCCACCUCAAGGCAUGUUCCAUCCAUCUUGGAUGAAGAAAACAGCAAGAACUCUCUUCCCAGAGUGACAGAAUAUUGUCUGGUGAGAUGAGCCCAGCAUCAAGGGCUGGUCAAGCAAAGUAAUGCAAGCCAUUUGGAGGGAUUCUUUGGAGUAUGUUUUAUGGUAAACUGAACUUGAUUUGGAGCCUUCUGAAGAUGUGCACAUUGAUGUGCUGGACAUGUGUCGGUUUUAAAGAACAACAUAAGACUUAAUUAGGAUGGCUAUUAUGUACCAAGUUACUCUUGUGUCACCGGGCCUGGCUGUGUGUCCAAUACUUUAAGCAGAGAAAGUGGGUGUUACAAUGGGUUACAGCGCCCUCCCACUGCUUCCUCUUUACGUGUGUGUAUCUCACUGUGCUGCAAUGCCUUACUCACAUGAUACCUAGGGUGUACUUGCAAGUACAGAAUGUUCUGGUCUCAUGUCUCCAUGGUUACCAGAGCUUCACCCUUGAAGAGCCCCUACUGCAGCUCCUGCUGAUGCAGCCUUAGUGAAUUGAGAGCUGCAGAGGCCCGUACACUAUCAGAGAGAUAUCCAGUACUCUCCUUUCCCUUUCGUUGAAGACCUGAAACACAGUGGAUGUUGGGCCCACAGUUGGCAGCUGUGGUACUAGAAGCAUUACAGCAAAGAGGGCAUGUUUGUCUUUGGAGCAAACAUCUCACUGCCCCCUGCUCUUUGAAGUAACUAUAUCUGAGCCAGGAUGCUCUAUUUCAACCAUGGCCCUCAGAAUGAAUGCUUUUCUCCUGUGGGAAUAAUACUGCCUGCCUUUGAGGUCCCCCUCUCAGGCCUUUAGGUCUGCUGAUUUUACAUUUCUGUCACACAAGACUCCUUUCUGACUGACCUAUGCCAAGUGGGUGGGCAACCUUCAUGAUCUGGCUGUGUGUCCAUCUUUAAUUCAGUUUGCAGGGGGUGUUGUUGAGUUGACAACACAGCUACAUGGCUUUGAGCUUUUGUCUCCCUCCUUUUGCAUCUGGGAACAUGUAAAUCAAUGUGUCCAGUUAUUGUCUGUUUCAGUCAUUCGGCAGAUGUCUAUGCCCUGGCAAAUCGGCAGCUUUUUCACAUUCAGCCAGGAUCAUGGCAACAUCGUAAGCCAUUUCUAAAUAGGUAUCUGUGAGUCAUUUCUGUGCUGCAGCCACUUGGCCAUGGCUGCUCAGCUCUAUUCAGUUUAACCACUUCAGUGCACCAGCCUCUUCAGUGGCUCAUUCUUUUCCUCACUGUUUGGUCUCUGCAGCAUUUUGGCUUCUGGGAUUGUGGCGACCGGUUGCACAUGAAUGCAAGUUCUAUACCUGUCACGAAGUAAUGAUUAAAACCAGUGAAAAGGAACAUUUCCUUUUAAUAGUGGUGGGCUGUAUAACAGUUUUAACAUCCUCACCCUUGUCACUGUCUGCCAUAACAUGGAUUUCACAAUAUUGUCGUCACCACACGUGUUUUGGUUUUUGUACGCACGUUUUCUUGUGACAAUGAAGCUCAACUUCUUCUAAUGCCAGUAAGCCAAUGUAGCAGGCUAAAUCAGUGGCGUAGUGGAGUUAAUUGUGACCAGAAACAUUUAGAUCAAACUCGUCCCUUCCGUGAUGCACUUUCAUACUUCAGAGCAGAGUCAUGCCAAUCCAAAUACACUACUGCCCUCCUAUGAAUUACUGUCAUUUUCUAUAAGUGAACAUUAACGGUGGCUCAGCAAGUCAUAUCUCCAAGUUUGAUGUCAACAAGUAAUGGUGCUGUAGGGUGCUCACUUACUGCCAUUUCAAGGUGGGGUAUGUACAUCGCAGUUACGCCUUGCCUGCAAUAUGUAUUGGCCAAAGGUGUGAUGGUGGAUUAAGGUCAUUCUGCCUGUGACCCUCCCUUAGAAGUAGCAACCAAAGCAGAAUUGGUAGAAGGAGGAGACAAUGUGUCGCGUUGAAGUCUACAAUGUAGGACGGCACAGUUUGUGUGCAUAUUUGAGCACAUGCAUGUUGGGUUUUGUGUUAAUAAGCUCUUGCGCUCUUGCAACAACAUAAUAGGAUUUGUAACUCUGUGACACCAAUAUUAGGCCAUUUUGGGGUUAAGUGUGUAAGUACAAAGGCAUAAAGAUGGCAGAACUCUAUUCCUGCACUAUAGUGGAACUGCAGUGUGCAAGAGGCUUUAGUUGGAUCUGGUCUUUUUCCAGACAGGGAAAUACUCUGUAAAUGGAUAAGGAAGAGUCUGAUAGCAACUGCAGCUCAGCUGAAUCAACUACGACGACCCUGCUUUAAGUUGUUGAGGCAGUGGAAGCACUGUUGGAGCAGCUGAGUAACCCAUCUGCACUUGUAGCUAGAGAACAGGAAUAGCUAAUCAGAUUAAAAUGAACCUUAAACCAAGAAAAGGCCCUGUUCCAUUACUUUUGAGGUUGUUCAUGUUUCACUUUCAUUAUUACUGUAUUUUUCGGGCUAUAAGGCACACUUAAAAUCCUAAAAUUAUCUCUAAAAUUGACAGUGCGCCUCUUAAUCUAGCACGCCUUAUGUAUGAUUACUUGUUGUGCUUACUGACCAGUUUUAUGUGGUACAAUGCGCUCAGAAUCUCUGCUCAAUGGAUAUUUGGGAGAUAGCGAUAUGCUGUGUUGCUACCUGAUCGGCCCCAUAACAGGACCCCUAAGCAGUCCACAAGACUGCCUGACUGUAAUGCCUAAACAAAGAGUACAUUCAUGUAAGGGAGCCCCGGCCCGGAGUACGGGCUAGCAACAAUAAUAAACCAAUCAAUGCUUAAUGCCUUACAAUCUGGUGCGCUUUAUGUGUGAACAUAGACACGUUAAUUCACAGUGCGCCGUGUAAUACGGUGCGCCUUAUCACCCAAAAAAUACAGUACCCAUCACCAAAGAAGACUGCCUUUUGUCUCCCACGUGCUUUUUCUUUCCUUUUUUUAGAGUCCAAAGCUCAUGAAAGUCAGGACUUUAAAAAGUUAAUAACCAUUGAUUACAAACAAAUUGCUUUAAAUGUAAGUGUACAGUGAGGAAAAGGUGAGUGGAAUUGCAGUGGACUGGCAAAAGCAGUAUUAUAUAAAAAAAACACAGUUCUAUCAAUUAAGAUUAAAACAUGUUGCCAGUAGUCAUCAUGUAUGUGUUUAAAACAUCCAAAAAGCCAUAACAUUGCUGAUUCUCCAAUCUCAAGCAGGAUUUUGCGGUAUUCAUUUUCAUUGGUCUCUGUCUGGUAAUUCUGGCUUGGCUGCUGAGCAGCCUCCUGCCUGAGGGGAGGGGGGUAUGCAGUUCAGUUUGAGAGUAGGUUGGGAUCUAUCAUUAUGCAGGGGGCCCUAUCAAUGCACCUGCUGGUGUAAAUGUCAUUGAUGGUCAGUCAGUUUUCAAAGGUGAUAUUUUGUGCCAGCGCCACUGCUAUUGCAUUGACUCUGCCUGAGGCAGAACACCUGCUGUGCCUUGAGGAUCUUUUCUGCAUGCACCUUUAGAUGUUAGGACUGAGGUGGAUGAGCCUCUCUUAUUUUGAUGGCUAUGUUUUGGUCCACAAAAGGUCAGUAAUGUGCAUCCCCAUUUGAAGACCUUGACAGCUGCUGUUGAGGUUAGUGCCAUACGACAUGACAUCCCCCCGGUACACCAUCAGUGUCAUGCUUGACGGUGUCCAUUUUCAAAAAACUGCAACACUGCAGUGCAUCAGGCCUUGGCUGUCCAAUAUGAGUGGUUGUGCAUAAUGUAACUCCAUUUAUGCUCAGAGUGCCAAUGUGUCGGAUUAUGCUGGUUUAGUAGCCUUGCUUAUCAAGUGCAUGCCCACCUUACUCAUGGUUACAAUGAUUGCUGUGUAACAGUAAAUAAUAUUCGUACAGUAUUUCAUUUAUCAGUGAGAAAUAAGUGUCAAUUGUGAGACAACAUAUUUGCAAAACGAAUAGUUUCUAAUAUUAAAUCUAUUUUAAAGGUAUGGUUGACGAUCUGAGAAGCAGUUGACAAAAAUUGAGCCAUUUAGGCAGAUUUGAAAAAAGCUUCCCACCCCCACACACAAACCUCUCCCCUCAGUGCUCCUCGAUAACCCCCCCCCUGAACCUGUGCUCCACGAUAACUCCCCCUCAAACCCUUAUCGCCUUCCUCAAGACACACCCCCUCUGGCAGAGCAAGAAGCCGGCCGGCAGAAGAUCCUGCGCUAGCUUCAAAUAGGAUUCACCAUGUCGGAUUACUAGUGACUCGCAGCAGUAAGCGCCAGCUCUGCUAGAGAGCACUGUCUGCAGCUGCCUGGACAGCUACCGUGUUGACAUUGCAGAGACUGAUAAUAGUUAUGUAACAUGGGCCACAGUAAAAGGCAAAAUUUCCUGUUCAACAAAAACUCUUCUGUCUCGGCGUCUGUUUUCAGACCCAAAUCCUGGCGGAGCUUUCUCCACCACUUGAAGGGAUGACCCAAUGUUUAUGAAAGUUAGAUUCCUCGCUUGGUCACAUUUCCUCUUAGCACUUUUGGCGGUGGGGCAAGCAGAAGUGUUUUUUUUUUUUUGCCUCCUUCUCCAUCACAGCUCCUGUAGCUAAGCUGCUAUGCUACUUUUAGCUGCUCAGAGCUCCAAGGAUGGCCUGGAGAGUGGAAGGGGAUGAGUUGGAACUACAGGAGAGGGGUGCAUCGAAUACAGCAAGGUGAUUGGAUGGAAGCUGCCCAGGACGGAUGUGCUCCCAUUGGUCAAUGUUUUUGCAGCCCUGCACCUGCUAGGGUGAACAGAUUUUUUCCAUUCUUUUUUUCUCUUCACUUUGUGGAGAUCGCACUAUAGGACCAUGAGCACCAUAUAAGGUUCAUAAUAAUUACCAAUCUCUCCAAUCAUCAACCAUGCCCUAAAGAUUACAUGGCUGAAAUCUAGGGCAGAUGAUGCAGCAUUCACUGUGGCAUUCACUCCGCCAGCUGUUGUGUAUCUGAUUGAUAGGUCACUGCAUGUCUCCUUGAAAGCAGCAAUCUUGUAAACAUGAACAAGGAAGCCAAGCAGAACGCAUGCAUUAUUCGAGGGAAGCUGCUCAUAAAUCAUUCUAAAUUAAGUUUUGACAAUGGUCAAAAACAAAAACAAAAACAAUGUGAUAAACCUUGACACCGUCACAAUCCUAAAAAAAAAAAAAAACAAAUCUAAAUUUUUGGUAUACUGUCCAUCAUUUUUUUUUUGGCCCUUUUUUCCCAAAAUCAGCUUGUGUCUUUUUGACAUUAAUAUUGGGUUGUUUGCACUACACAAGGCUGCCAGAUGUUCCACCUCCUCCCUUUAAGGUGGGGUAGGCAGGAUUCCGUUAAAGAAGCAUCUUUUUUGUGGUGUAUAUACAAAAAAGUUUUUAGUAUCAGUCAACAGUCAUAGGCAGACGUUGCUCCUUCGUGUCAUUCACGAGCCCAAACAAAGUUAGCGUGCAAAGUUAGCGAAAGUAUAGAAAAUUGUCUGAAUCCUCCUUUGGCCACUACUGCCAACACAAGCAAGAAGCCGGGUCAACAUCAAUGAAGCAUAAAUGCUUCGGGGACACUCUGGAUCUUACGGACCCUGUAUGCAACCUUUCUGCUGGACAAGUAAACCGCUUUAACGAAGUUAAACAAGUGUCUGUAACAGAAGUGUUUCUCAUCAAACAGGACCUGCUGUAAGGUGACCAGAUGUCCCCAGAUUUCCAGGGACAGUCCCCGAAUUGGAUGACCUGUCCCCAGCAAAAGCUGUCCCAGAAAAUGUCCCUGAUUUAAGCGUUUCAUGAAUGAGAACAAAAAUGUUGCGUGAAGGCUAGAACAAUAGUUGUUUAUGGGAGCCAAAUGUGUAGGAAGCAGUCCUGAACAACACUUUUUACAGGAUACGGGGGUUAUUACAAGGGGUGUGCGCUGCUACUAAAUAGUACCGAGAUGUUGUCUGUAAUUACGCAGCCCCCGGAUUUCAUUUCAGAAAUCUGGUCACCUUAACCUGCUGUGUGUUGAAGCUCCGCUAAACUGUUUAGCUCGUGUCCUGUAGUAUGUCACUUCAUGCUAGUUUUAGUCCUAAGUUUAGUUUUAAGUUCUGCAAACGUUGUGUUUGCUGGUAGACUAUUGGCAUCUACAGUAGCACCAAUGCUUUUUACUUUAACGUUGACUGGGCCCCAUUUAUAAUUAUCUGCAUUAUAUCUGAAUCUAGUUGAAACGAUACGAGCGAGCAGGAGUGUCUGUUUGUGGGCGGGGCUUGCUGGAACCAGAGAGGGAGGGGAGAGGAGGAGCUGAGGGGACACUGGUUGGGAGGGGUAGUGCUUACAUUCAAGGUUUCUUCCAAAAACUGGCACUUCCUCAGAUCCUGUCUACCCCACCUUUGAGUCUAAUUCGUCAUCCAGCACUUUACAUGCACUUAAAAAUGUAUUUAUUGCACUAGUCAGACUGAAACUGGACUAAAUAAAACUCUUCAUAGUCGGACUAACUUACCUGGAUAGUUGGUUGAAGAUCAAUUUUGUUUGUCAUAUAGCUCAGUCAAAAAGAAACUGUUGCCCAUGCUUUUGUGUUUGCACACCAGGCUCUGAGCUAGUGGUUGAAAAGCAUGGAGGAGGUAGUGAACAAAACCUUGACAGAUGAAGAAAGGAUAUGAAAAAGAUGAAACUGUUCAAACAAACAGCAUAGAGCUUUAGAAGAGACAUUCCGUUAGCUUCUUGCUAACUAGUUUUGCUAGCUGUUUUGAUAUGGAACACAUCAACUAGGAGAAGAUCAGAAAGUAACAAAUUGAAAAGGGUCAUUUCCCCACCUACCCUGGCAGAGGCAAACAUGCUUCUGACAAUAAUUUGAUUCCUGCCCAGUGGAUGUAUACUGGGACUCUUAACGCCCCACCCUAAGGUGGCCCUAUGGGGCUAACAACUAUCCUCAUCUUUUAACCCACUGAGUUAACAAAACACCUUCAAAAGUUUAACAAGUGAUUUAUUGUGACAACAUAACACAAUUACGAACUAAACACAAAGAACCCUCAACACAAAUGAGAGUCAGCAGGGGAGCAGUUCCCCACCAAAUGCCUCUCCAGACUGCAGGCAGCUCUUGGUCUUUAAAGUCCAAGCACCAGGAGAGUCUGAUUGUCACUCAGUGACUUCACCUGGGCAGCUAUGGGGAGACAAAAUAGCUGAGCAGAUAAGGAAAUAAUCGUUCACUUUGUUAUACAAGCAUGAAAUUUGGUACAUAUACUCUUCAAACCCCACUCUUUUCAAAAAUAACGUUAGCCAUGCAAAAUUCCAAGAUGGCGGCCCCAAAAUCCAAGAUGUCCGCCCCAAAAUGUGGUUUUUCCUUUACAACUCAAAAUGCCUUGAUUUUAAGCCCCAUACAUAUAUUGAAGUUGAAUAUAAAGUUGUGUAUUGCGGACAUUUUGGUACCUAGUACAUCUCUGUAUCCAUUACGGUUCUUGAGAUACAGCAUACAGAUACUUGUACAGAAUUGGCAGAGUAAGAAAUUUGUAACACCGAUUGUUGUUACAUGCAUAAUAUGGUUAUAUGAAAAUAUCAUUUCCAUUAUCUGUUAUUUUCAUUAGGGUCAUAACAUGAAAUUCAAAAACCAAGAUGGUGUCCAAGAUGGCUGCCAUUGCCUUGAAGUAAUCAUGAAUUCAGCAGAGAUGAAUCAUGAAUUCAGAAGAAUGAAACUUGUCAUAAAAAGUUAAAAAUUAGGCAUUUUGUGACAAUUUUCUGAUUUUUGUUAUGGUGUUAGGUAUGUGUAUAAGGUUUUAAAAAACCAACGCAAACGAUAUGGGUGCGCCCCCUAGUGGUUUGUUUGCCCAGAAUCCAAAAUUCAACACCUCAGUUUGAAACCCAAAGUAAAUGAUAGAAGAGAUUUUUCAAUGGAUUCUGUUACUAUUGGGUAUGGGAGGUGGGGGGGGGGGACUACUCUCUGGCUACUUGCGGGGGAGGCCACGUGGAGUCUGUCUUUAUCCCCAUCCCACCCCACCCCCACCCCCCUUUUUUUUUUUUUUUUUUGGGCUCUUUUUAAAUAAAUCUCUUCUAUCACUUGUUUUGGGUUUCAACCAUAUACUAAACUAUCUAACAUUAAAUACCAUGCAAACCGACCACUAGGGGAUGCACUCAACUCGUUUGCUGUGUUUUUUAAAAACCUUAUACCUAUACCUAACUCUAUACUAAAAUUCAGAAGUUUACAAAAUUCCCUAAUUUUUCCAGAUCCCAUCUAAGCUAAGUACAGAAUUUAGACGUUGAUAAAAGCAGGUAUUUUAGUACCAUGUGCAUCUAUUACAGUUUGUAAGAUACAGCAUACUUACUGUGAGUUACACCUCACAGUUUCAACUGCACAGAGCUGUACACAUGAGACCCAAUUUGUAGCACUUGCACCUGCCACAACAGCCAGAUUUACAGCCACAUUUGGUGAGCUGUUCGCAUGUCUUGACUAUCGGAGAGUUGGCUGUCCAGAAGACCUGCCAUUCCUCACCAACCUUUUGCCAUCCCCAGUCUGCAGAGUCCUUUGCUUCUGGCUGACACUGGGUUGCCUGGGCCCACACACAACCAGCCUGAUAGGCAGCACGCCUGGUGUGUUGGAGUAGAGCUACUCUGGUUGGUGGGAUAGACCCAUAGGGCCUCUGCUUUCUGGCAAACAAGUCAAGCCUGGCCUCAUCCACAGUAGCAGCUGUGCUGGAUCUGUCAUACAUGAGAAUGACAAACUUCUCAAGCACCUCUGUGUCACAGUCCUCCACUGUGGGAGGGUAAAUACCCAGUUUGGCGAAUACAGGCAAGGAUUCUGGACAUAUGUCCCAUGUAUGCCAAGCCAUUUUUUUGCCUUUGUUGCGGAAGGCAGACACAGUGUCACAUCCUGUAAAGGCAUGGAAGAAGAGCAUGCCUUUGACCUUCUCCUGGUCAACAUGCUGAAAUAUGUCAUGCACACUGAUCCAGCGCAGAGUCUGACCUUGCCCAAAUGCAAGCCACAUAUGCUGUAGGCCAGCCUCUUGGAGACCGCUGAAUACACUUAUUGCUAAGAUCAGAACAUCUGUGUCAUUUGCCUUGAUCAUGAUGGAUUGGCUACCAGUUUCAUAUUUGGCGUGCACAAAGAUGCGGCUGUCCGCUUCCUCGUGAGAGCAUUUAUCCAGUCCGUCAAGAUCAGUUGCAUGAGUGCUGAGGACAGCAGGUCCCUUUGUGACGACAUUUGUGCAACCUUGUCGGCAAGGGUGGAACAACUCUGUUUUGUUGUCAUUGUGCCUCAGGAAGUUAUGUCAGUUAGAUAGCAUGGUGUUCUUAUUUAUUACCUUGUGUCUUCCUCCCUCACCACAUUUGGACCUGGUCUCAGCUUUAAGGCUUGAUGGGUUUUUCACAUCAAAGACCAGAUGUGUCAUUGUGUACUUGCUGGAGUACAUGUAGAUCACAGGUAGGAAGUUGAGAACUGUAUAGUCCUCAAAAGUCUUGGAUCCUUUUGGUGGCAGGGCGUGGUCCAAAGCUGACCCAUCUACAAUGAGAACGUCUGCCUCAGGUUCCUUGUCAACUGGUGGGACAUAAUUCUCAAGGAUAGGGGUCAGCUGAGACUUCAGUGUACAAUUUUCCAGCUUUGCUCAAUGCAACAGGGAAGGACUGGUUCUCAUGCUGAAAGAACUCCUGGAGGUCAUGCUGAGUUACAGAGCAGUGAUAUCACCAGUGUGCCCUGGUUGUGUGCCGAUAUUCACUCUAUUACAUCUGCAAGCUUGUACUGUAUAAACGUCUAAAUUCUGUACUGCAAUGGCCCCAUUGCAUGCAUAGACCAAAAAUAUGUGUAUGCCAAAAGUAAAUGUUUCAUAGUCACUAAGAUUGGAUUACUUCAAGGCAAUGGCAGCCAUCUUGGACACCAUCUUGUUUUUCAAAUUUAAUGUUAUAAGCCUCAUGAAAAUAAUAGAUAAUGGAAAUGAUAUUUUCAUAUAACCAUAUGCACGUAACAACAAUCGGUGUUACAAAUUUCUCAGUCUUCCAAUUCUGUACAAGUAUCUAUAUGCUGUAUCUCAAGAACCGUAAUGGAUACAGAAAUGUACUAGGUACCAAAAUGUCUGCAAUACACAACUUUAUAUUCAACUUCAAUAUAUGUAUGGGGCUUAAAAUCAAGGCAUUUAGAGUUAUAAAGGAAAAACCACAUUUUUGGGGCAGACAUCUUGAAUUUUGGGGCCGCCAUCUUAGAAUUUUGCGUGGCUAACGUUAUUUUUGAAAAGAGUGGGGUUUGACGAGUAUAUGUACCAAAUUUCAUGCUUGUAUAACAAAGUGAACGAUUCGGGCUAUAUUAUGCAUUUGUCUGCUCUACUAAAAGGGGAAAAACACACACAAAACAAACACACAGUUGUAACAGGGACAGAUGGCUGUAAUUCAAAUGAACUGUUGAUCUGGUGAUUGUGGGAACCACUGCUGUGUAUUUUUUAAAGGGAGAGCCAAAGUCUUGGAAAAACAGUCUGGUGUGUGAGUCUUCGCACGCCAGAAGGAGUCGGAGCCAGGCGGACCAUAGAUUUCAUUGAAUAGUGAGGCAGUUCUUCUUGUAUGUGUACUGAUGAAGGUUUAUGUUAUCAAUUUAUGGUUCUUUGCGUAGGCCACAACCAACCACUCAGAACACUUCAUGACUACUGGGCUAAAGACUACCAGUUGACAUUCGUCCAGUAAAACAUUGCUAGAGUAUUUUGGUCAAGAACAAUAAUGGCAGUUUUAGGGCAUGAUGGUAUGAUUGCCUGGAACAGGAAACUGUUCAAGAUGUGUGUCCGUUCCUCUGCAAGCUCAUGUGGACAGUCUAUCAGGACUUGGCCCAUGGUGUUAUCCUGGCCUGCAGCCUUAAGCCGUGUUCAGACCAAACGCGUCCAGGUCGCGUCGCGUUGGUCGGUCACGUCGCGUGGCGCCCUGGUGUGUUCACAACGGGUCCAAAGCUGUGGUCGCAGGACGCGGCUGGUCGCCGCUGACCCGCUUCUCCCACCUUCCUUCUCCCUCCUUUUCUCCCUCAUAUAUACAUCCCGCAGCCCCUUCCAGUGCUUGCGGCACACACACGUUGAAACAUGUAGCCUAGCAAGCAGGGGAAGUUUGCUAUGUUUUCAGAAAAUAGUCUGCUCACUGAAAUAAAUAAACAAACGACAAGAAAGCCCAAAAUCAUGGGCCACCUUCGCCCAUGCCUCCUCCUUGGAGGUGCGGUCCCGGUAAAACGCGCACCCCACGUCGUACAGGACCGGGUGAUAACUCACGGCAGUGAUAAACUGCUCCUCCGUUGUGAUUCUUCUUCUCCUCCUCCUUGCUUCGCCGGUUUGUUGACGUCAGCAGAGCCCUGAUUGGCUGUCGCGGCACGGAGUCGCGGAUAGUCGCUCCCAAAGUUCAAAUAUUUGAACUUUGGGAGCGACGCGACCUCGGCGACGCGACUUGGCGACCUGGUCGCCAAGUCGCGUCAGGUCGCGUCUCAGGCAGCCGGCGGUCGCCAAGUCGCGUCAGGUUGCGGCUGUCCAUAGACUUUGCAUUGGGAGCCGUUGCUGACGUCGCCGGGGUCGCGUUUGGUCUGAACACCCCUUUAGAGGUAAUACGUUUCUGCAAGGACCUCCUCAAACCUUUGGCAUACCCACAGAGGCUAGAGUUAUACUUACUGUUAAGUAAUACAGCAGGGGCAGUGUAGAGAAGCCGGUGAGACAGAAUCAGAAGUAGUAGGAAAAACAAACAACCAGUUUGCCUUUUGCUAACUUUUUUUUUGCUUGUUUUGGUAUGGGAUGUAAAAAAUGUUCCAGUAGUAACAAGCUAAAAGGAGGAAUAUAAUCAUAUAAGAGAGUGGAGGAAGACACAGUUUCAUCUUUAAAUCGAUUCCUGCCAUAUGGCCAUAUACCAAAUUGACUAAUCAAGCUUUAACUAUGCUCCCACUCGGCUGGACAUGUAAAGAUUUUUACUGCACUUGGAACAGCCAAUGAUUGUGGAGGCAAAGGCGCAUGGUCAGCUUCAGUUGUGACAGUAGCCCACCAUGCUCUGCAGUUGGCCUGUUAAUAUCCUGGACCAGGUUAUUCCGUUUUGCAGUUUCUGCAAUAGACGUAAUGGUAAUGCCAAAGACUGACGCAAGAUUAGCAGCAACUCUAAUGUACUGGAGGGGAAACCAAAUUACAUGGUAGAACAACCUAUAUGUGAAAAUAUCAAAUUACCUCCCUAGCUCGAUCUACGACUCCACUGAACCUCUUUCUGUGAGAUUAAAAAAAAAAAGAACAAGUUUUAACUUCGAAAAAUAAAAUUAUAUUAAGGGUAUGGCUCCUGGUGGACUGUGGUUGUCAACUGAUCUCUACUCACUUGCAUCUCCACACAAGGAAUCCUUGCAUGAGAAAGUGGGACCCAAAUUGCCUCCUACUGUCAGUACCCUGUAUAUUUGUUCAUUGCCUUUUCGUGCGUGCAUGGUUGUUAAGAAUUAUGGACCAAGGUAUAGUGGGUUAACUUCAGGCUGGAGUGAACAAAAUUCAUUACUUCAUGGACAGAGGUCUUCAUGUACUGGCAGAAGUAAUUUUCUUUUAUGCUUUUUUUUUCUGCUUAAACAAAAUGAAAAGGUUCUUGACUAAAAGAAAUUUCCUGUCCAUUUCACAGGGAGCUGGUUAUGGUGUCCUUGAGGAUUUAAAUGCCAGCAGUCUUCAUAACACCAGGUAUGUUUUUUAAAUAACAUAUAAUGGUUGUUUAUACUCUCAUUUUUGUCUGCAAGAAAUAUUAUUUAAAAGGAAAGUUUAUAUGGGAAUCUUUAAAGGACUUUGGAAAAUUAAGAUCUGAUGUGCAAGUCAUUUAUUACUAUAAUUUUAGCAAGGAAAGAAGUCAGAUAAGCAAAGUACUAACAUUCCUAAACUAAUGCAAGUAUGCUAAAUGCAAUAAUUUCUUCUGUCCAUACUGUCCCAACUGGUGUUAAAAUGUAAAAGGACUGCCUUUGCCAAGGUAAACCUGUAUGCAAAAUGGAAUGAUAAGGCAGAACUAAAGCAAUGAGCAGUCAUGCAUAAAAGAAAUGAAAGAUCCUGUAUUGGUAUGCGGUUUGCUUUAAAUAGUGGAGAUACUUGAAGAACAGUCUUAUCAGUCCUGUCCAAGCAACAGAUUUGUGGAAUUAAAGGGUUUUUAGAAGUCUUAAAACUUAGUGACUUAGUGCAACGGUUACUUGCAACUACUGUAGUCAACAGUGUGAGACCUGUGGGGUUCCUUCAAGUGAAUUUGUGCUAUUGCCAAUUUGCUUUUGGGGAGAUAAUGUAUUCACUUUGCAAAAGCAAAAUUAAUUCAUAUUUAUCUCUAGGUUUCCAUUCGGAUGUAACCUACGUGGUUUUGGAUAGAUCUUGCUACAGGAAAAGGUCAGCAAUUUGAUGUAUUCUUAUUGUGGGGUUUUUUUGUAUGAUAGUGUUUGUUUUUUUUAAUAUUUUUUAUUGUUAAUUCUAUGCUUCUAUGUUUUUUUAGGGUUGUAUGAAAUAAGUUCGUGAUUUGAGUCUUUGCAAAGAAUGGCUCAUGGAUGGGAUUCAUACUUCCAUAAUCCCCCAGAUUUAACAUCAGACCCCAGCACUUUCAGACGGACAUCAGAGUCAGAAACAAGCACUUCUGAGCAUCUAGAGAGCUUAAUCGGACAUCAUGAUUUCUCUAGCACUGUUGCUUCACAUGAAGCCACUGCAACGAACUCAAACUUUAACACAAAUUACUACUCAAAUCCCAGUGUUGGAAAUUCAAGUUCAGACUGUGUUUAUGAGAGGUUCUAUAAAGAAACUCAGUGGCAAGUUGAUGGACAAAUGGAAAAAAAAUACUUGCCAAAUAGUGAAAUCUCAGAUUUUGCCACAGAUGCACUGUCAGCCGCUGUGUCUUUUCCUUCAUCUUUUGGGACAGACAUACAAGGAAUAAACCAGGACUGUGGGGCGCUAGCUGCAUCAUUUUUUGAGAACUACUCAGAUGUCAGUAGCUGCUCAGAUGCAGAUGUCAGUGAAACAAGGCCUUCCUGUAAAUUUGCUGCAAGUAGUUUAGUUCCAAAACCUAAAAUUGGAGUGGCUGCUAAACACAGUUCAUCAGAAUGGACACUCCCUCAACCUGGAAACAUGAAUUUACUCAGUGAGAGUCAAUGCCCUGACAUGUCGGAGUCUACUGUCAGUUUGCAAAGUCCUUCAAAUGUGAAAAUAGGGGAACACUUUGUUCAAAGUGCACAUGACAAGAUAAGUAAUCUGAACAAGACACCAGAAUGUGAAAUGGAAGAUCAUCCCUUUACAACAUCUGACAUUGUGAGAACAACGGAUAGAAAAAAUGUAGAGGAUGGAAAAAACGAUGCUGAUGGCCCAGUUCAGAAACAAAUAAAUGAAACUGGAACAAAACAGGGAGAAUCAUCCAACAUUCAGAUAAGUGUCCCUGAAAAACUCUACCAAGAAAAUGAGGGCUUUGAUAAGUCCAACUCCAUGAGUGGUCAAGCUGAAGGCAUGAUGGAGGAUCAGCUAGAUGAAAGUGAAAUGUUGAAAGUAGGAGAAAAAAGUGAUUCAUUAGAAAAUAAGAUUUUUGAUGAUCAGUCUUCCUCAACUCCGAGCUCCACAAAUGCUCAAGAUGAAAACAUGGAGAACAACUGUCAGGAGACAGAAAGUGACACAAAUACCUUCCAGUCUUCAGACCCACCAGACAGUAAAGUCUCUGAUUCCAAAAAAGGUACUGGUGAAGUUGGGGAAUGCUCUAGUCCCUCUAGUAACAGUCAUGAACACUGUUCACAGAUUCCUGAGCCUCAGUCUUGCAAAAGUAUGGCAGGGGAUGAUGACUGCAAGAGCUUUCCAGUCGUGAAAUGUGAUCAUUCUAGCCAUACAAGUGACAAGGAUGAAACAAGCAUUGACAGUCAAUCAGGAAUUUCCCCACAGCCUUGUAGUCCCAGUACAGGGGUAAAUUCCAGUCAAGACAAUGGACAGACAAGUGAGGCAGAUACCACAAAUACUGCUCCAUCUGUAGAUCCAAAUCAAACUGGUCCUGGUAUACUUUGUGAAAGUCCAUCUAUUGAUACUUGUGACAAGUCAAUGUCCAGUGUUACGGAUGACAUGGAAGCUAGCAUACAGUCAAACAAUUCAUGGACAGAAAUGCAACCAUGUCUUGAAGAGGAAAGGACAAGUGCAACAAAGGACACAUAUUCAACUUCUUGUCCUACUCAGCAUCGGUCACUCUGUCAAACUCCAGAGGCCCUUGAACCAGAAAGUUGUAGUGGCAAUGUAGCUGAAAAUUCAAGAGAAUCAUUCCAGGAGUUGGAUGCACCUAUGGAAAAUUCUUCAGAACCUGAGAUGUUGUAUGGUGAACCCCUUUCAAGAGAGGAAUCUUCUUGUGACACUGAUGAAACAAAACUUGACAUCAGUCAGAACGGAGACUCAUCUCAAGCUAGACCUGACGAUAACACCAUGGAUUAUUCAGAAGGACAAGAACAUCAUCUGAUAUCCUCUACACAAAUAAUGAAACUUUUGCAGCCUGUUGUUCUAAUGAAGACCAAGGAGUCAAUAAAUGGGAAAAUGAACUCAUUUCAUUGUGCAAAUUGCCCACACACAACCCCAAAUGUGGAUCAUGUAAUUGAACACCAACAUUUAUGUCAUUUAGAGCACAACUUUCAGUUUUGUGAGGCUUGCAACCUUUACCUGAUGAGCGAUGAAGAAAUCAAGAAACACAUGAAUGGUAAAACCAACAGAACAGUUAAAAGCUCUCAACCCUCCUCUGAUUCUGGAUCACAGAAGAAAAAGAAAAAACAAAGCAAGCAUAAAUGCACUAAGUGCUCGCUCAGAUUUUCCAAACGAUACCAGUUUAUUGCACAUAUGCGGAUUCACACCGGCAAAACACCUUUUCACUGUGAUGCAUGUGGCUUUUAUUUUUCACAGUCUGGUUCUCUACGAAGACACAAAAUUACUGAGGGGAGGUGCAAGAAGCCUGUUGAAACUUCAAAGUCUGAUAUCACUGAAGCUAAAUCCUCACCUCAGAAGACCUCAGUACAGAGUGAGUCAUCUGCAGGGCUACCUGAAUGUUUCGUCAAGCUUGUGGACAUCUUAAAAACUAAUCAGUGCAACCUGUAUGGCAAAACCUUCUUAACUCCAAAGAAGGCCAAAGAGCAGUUAUAUGACAAACCCAAGAGAAAGACAGUUGCAGUUUCAAGACUCAACAGUGAGAAAAGCCAAGUUGGAAAGGAGACGAGCAUUCAAUUCAAAUGUCCUCUCUGCCCACGGGUUUUCAUGUACUCGUACAACAGGGCUAAACAUUUACGUUUUUGUGUCAAGCAGACAGUAUUUGGUGGCAAGGGAAAAGUUAAUGGCAAAUUUCAAUGUCCCUUGUGCUAUGCGACCUUCACUCUAUCUUCCAACCGUUAUAGACAUCUAAACUCAUUUUGUCUUAAACUUUUCAUAAGCAAGCUUGGAAGAAUGAGUUCUAUGUCCAGACAGAACUUUGAACAGGUAAAAACCCAGGAGAGUGUACAAAUAGGACGGUCAAAGGAAGAGAAGAAAAUGCAAACAAAAGAAAGUGAGCCAAAAAAACAAACGCCCCCACCUCCAACAGUCCGGGCUCAACCCCGUUACAAAUGUAACCUCUGUCCAGCAGUCUUUUUCGAUGCUUCUGGAAAGUACAGACACAUGAAGAAGCAUGAGUUGUACAAACACACUGGAAAAGUUAUUAGGUACAGAAAUUCCGUUUUCUCGAUCAUGUCCAAACCAGCAAGUUUAAGCCCCCCAAAGACUGAAGACAGUAACAACAACCUUGAAUCAACUGAAGCAGAGACCAACCCCUCCCUGAGCUGUCGUUUUUGUGGCAAAUGUUUCAGCACAACGCAAUCACUGACGAAACACCAGAGCUACCACAAAGGCGAUCGACCAUACAGCUGUCUGCAGUGUGGAAAAAAAUUCAAGAGGCACGCCCAUCUGAUUGGCCAUAAGGUUACUCACCAGAGAAGGAUACAGUGCACUGUCUGCAGAAAGAUUCUCCCAAGUAUUGGAGAACUGAUUCAGCACAGAAGCUCUCAUUUAAAAAGAGGAAUGCUGAAAUGCCCCGACUGCGACAUGGAGUUUGAGUAUCCUGCCUAUCUCCUCAAGCACCUGAACACCCACAAAAAAGCAGAAGAAAAGUCACCUCAGCUUAAAAAAAAACAGUCCAUAAACACACAGCAGUCCUCCGAACCUGUGAAAGAAGAUAGUGGACCAAAGCAGCAGCAGUGCUCUCUUUGCAGAAAGGUGUUUGCAGAUGCAGGCAUGCUAAGAAAACACUGUCUGACUCAUAUAUCGGGCUCUUCAAAUCAGUGUCCAUUUUGCAAGAAUCAUUUUGGAAAUCGACGCUAUUUGCUACGACACUUGGUCAUGCAUACUGGUGAUAAGCCCCUUUCUUGCAGUUACUGUGGGAAACAGUUUUACCGGGAUGUUUACCUUAACCUUCAUCUAAAGAAGUGUUUGGUGGCUACUUACAGAUGCCAGGAAACAGCGAAACCUGACACCAAAACCAGGUGGACUCUGAAGUGCUCCUAUUGUCCUCGGUUGUUUAGGGACAAAGCCCGCCAGCUGGCUCAUCACAGUGGACACAUUGCAAAUGCCUUGGUUGUAUGCUCAAAAUGUAAGACCUACUUUGGAGCCAAAAGACUGACACUACAUCAGAGGGUAUGUGAUGGCACAUCAGGGCACAGUGCUGGUUCAUCUCUUAUUGCCAGUCCAAGUAAAAGCACCUCACAGUUAUCAGAGAACAUCCAGGGGAGCUCUGUCCAAUUCACUGAAACCAAGAAACCCCUGUACAAAUGCUCCUAUUGUACACAGAGUUACAGGUUCAGGUCCCUACUCUUAAGACAUCUUGUUUCACAUACCGGUGUGCAGCCCUAUGCAUGUUCACACUGCGGCAAGCGGUUUGUAAGUCAAAUAAAGUGUUCACAACAUGAAUCCGUAUGUGAUGAUGCCCACAAAAAGGUGGAGUGCCCUGACAAAAGUGGUGCAGCAACACAAUUAUCAAAUAUGCCCUCUGUAGAAGAGACAGCACAGAAGUCCCAAUCAGGAGUUGAAUCUGAAUUCAAGUGCAAGUUUUGCACCAAGACCUUCAUGAAACCACGCAACCUGAGACGUCACAUUUUGACGCACAAUGAAGUAAAGCCAUAUCGCUGUAGAGCCUGCGACAACUGCUUCUCGAGGUAUGAUCAUUUAAAAGUGCAUCAAGUUCGCUGUCGAGAGAAAAAGCAGCGUUUGCAAGUGUGUAUUCCCAAAAUCAGCCUAAAUGAUGUUGGCAAGGGCUGGCAAAGUAAGCUUGGCAAUGAUUCGGCUGAAAAACAGGCAAUUUUUGAAUGCACAGUCUGUUCAAGGAGCUUUCCAACUCAGAUGAAACUAGCACGACACAACACUUUGUACCAUUUUGAAAAACCAUUUAAGUGUCAUAAGUGUGGCUCAGCAUUCUCCCAUGCAAAAACCCUGAAAAGUCAUAGGAAGAUGAGAAAGUGUAGAAAGGUCUUGAAAGCAGCAGCAUCAACUUCUCUACCAUCAGGCAGCAACUCAUCCACCAGAGAUUCAGUGAAACCCCAGCUUGAGUUGCAAAAUAGGGUCCUACAGACAAUCAGGCCACAUUUUAAUAAAAGAAACAGACAUUUGUGCAGCUAUUGUCCCCGUGAUUUUAAAAGCAUCGGGCAGUUAAUCGUGCACACUCGCCUGCACACAGGAGAGAAACCGCACGCCUGUGAGUAUUGUGGUAUGAGAUUUAUACGGAGAGAUUAUGUGAAGCGUCAUUAUCCAAAGUGCAGUAAGAAACAAACUAAAGUCCUCUGUGAUGGUUGUGGAGGAUUUUUCCCUCGUGCCAAGCUUGAAAAUCACAAAAAGGGUUGCACUUCACGACCAAGUUCAUCAGAGGCAACAGCCAGCCAAACCCAGCAACCAACCUCCAAAAGCCCACCAAAAGGCUUUUCCUGUGCUUACUGCAGUUCCCGAUUUCUGCUGUUUUCGCAGCUCCAGGAGCAUUUUCUGACUGCACAUAAGGUGGAAACAAUGGUACCCCCAGUGAGCACAGCUCCCCUACAAUACCAUCUGUCAAAUAUUCCAAAAAUAAAGGAAAACUCUGAGGAUGAGAGGGGUGGCAGUGCUCAUGUUAUCUGUAAACUAGGUACAGCUCUAGACAUGGAGGUGCCUGACCAUUAUACCUGUGAAGAGUGUGGUCUCUCCUUUUAUCACAAAAAUGGGCUUGCUUCUCAUCAGCGUGUACACAAAACAGAGCAUCCUUACAACUGCAAUAGGUGCAAAAGAGGCUUCUGGAAUAAAAAUCUGUAUCGCAGUCAUUACAGAAAGUGUAGAAUGCCACGGGUUUCAGAUAGCAGUACAGUUUUACAGCUGGAGGCUCCGCUGAAAGUAGAGCCUGAUUUUGUAAUGGAUGAAUCUGCGGUAGUGUUGGGAGGUGGCACCAAAUCAGCUGAUAUUGGGCUUUUGCAGACAAACCCCUCCUACCAAGAGAACUCAAUGGAUGACCCCCAGGUGGAUUCAGAAGUGAACAGGCAGCAAAGCACACCAAGUAAAGAAAAGAAAACUGUGCUGUACCAGUGUUCAGAAUGUGAUCAGAGCUUCUCAGAUGGUUUAAUGCUCAUCAGUCACCUAGAAGAUCAUGGGAGACAGGAACAAGAGAAAAAGCGCAAUGUUUGUCCUUACUGUGGGAAGGUGUACUCAAAUCAAGGAAAUCUUAAUAAGCAUAAGAAGAUCCAUCAUGCCGAUUGUCAGAAUUAUCCUUGUCCUGACUGCACCAUGACCUUUGACUCUCAGUCUGAGCUUGAAAUUCACAGAAAAAGUCAUGAGCCAAGUAGACCAUAUUCAUGCAAACUGUGCAAUCAAGGGUUUUGGACAAGACCAUCCUUGUGCAGUCAUUACGGCGAAGCCCACCCGGAUGAUGUUUAUCAUUGCCGUUUCUGUAGCAAGGCCUAUGCUCUCAAAAAAUCGCUGUCAAGACAUUACAAAGCAAGGCAUCAGAACGAGCUUAAGGAUAACGAAAGACAAAUGCAGGACAAAAGCAGCAAUGAGAAACAAUCCAGCAGUCAGCUCAGCUCUGCUGAAAGUGAUCGGGAUGAAAACCACAGCAGUGGGGACAGCGACUCAGACUCUGCCCCAUACUUUCCAUGCCAUGUGUGUGGGAAAACUUUCCCAACAUCAGAAAGUCUGGAGGAUCAUCAGCGCUGCCACCUUGGUGAAAAGCCACAUGAAUGUGAGGAGUGCGGUAAAUGCUUUUAUCAGGCAUCCCAAUUACAGCAGCAUCUACGAAUGCACAAGUCUGAAUUUCAGUGUCAGUUAUGUGGAAGGGGUUUUGUGUCUCUCUUUGCUCUGCGUAAACAUAAGCACUCCCAUGGCAAGAGCCGUCCAUACCGCUGCUCAAAGUGCUACCUGAGUUUCACAGGACUCGCACAGUUGGCAGAACACACGCUCACCCAUCGUGAAGAGAGCUUCCCAUGUGAUAUAUGCGAUCGUGUAUUUCCAUCCAAGAGUAGUAGAGUUGAACAUCGAAAAAGCCACUCCAGGUCAGGAGAGCUUCAGCCACCUUUGAUCUCAAGAGAGGAGAAUGAACAGACUGUGCCAUUUGAGCUUAAAUAUCGCUGUGGUGUCUGUAAUGAGCGUUUCAGAGACCCUGAGGAACUCUCAGAGCAUGGUUGCAUUGCAGCCAAAGAACGACAAUACCCAUGUGCGGACUGCAAUAAACAUUUUCUCCAUGCAUCUCACCUGAAAAAGCACAGGAUCAUCCAUGAAAUAUCAUGGUCUCACAGUGAAUAUCCUUGUAAUUAUUGCAACAGUAGUUUUUCUUCAUCCCAGGAAUUCCUCACCCAUGCUAAGAGCCAUAUCAAUUCUGAGGGGCAGAGUGAUGACAAUACCCAAGAGAAAGAUGGGGAUCCUAGUCAAGGUUUCUUAUGCCCAGUUUGUCACCAGUGUUUCGCCAGUGCAGCAGAGCUGAUCUUUCAUUUUCCCGUGCAUCCUGAUGGUGCAUUUGAAUGCAAAAUUUGUAAAAUAUCGUUCCCCUCUGAGAGAAAGCUCAAAGACCAUGAGCACUGUCAUCAGACAUCUUCUACUGAAUUUCAAUGCACACAGUGUGGCCAGAACUUUUGGGGAAGUGACGCAUUCUUCCAGCACAAGUGUUCCCAUCAAAGGCACAGAGAGAAGCAAACUGAAGGCUCAGAGCCAUCAGCUAAAACACCCUCUUUGACCAAAAAUCCAGCAGGAGGAGACGAUGAAGAGGUGGACGUCACUGGAGAGGAUGUGUAUGAUUGCCGGAGAUGCUCAAUGCAAUUCUCCUCAAAAAGUAGUCUUUUGGAGCAUCAAAAUAAACAGCAUAAACAAGAGAAACCAUUUAAAUGUGAGCUCUGCGGGAAAAGGUUUGCCCUGAGGCGGUACCUUAAAGAGCAUGAGCGAAGACACCGUCUGAAAUUCACCGUGCAAAACAGCAACCAGUUAGAAGAAAACAACCUCAGCUGUACCCAGUGUCACAUUAUGUUCAACACAACAGAGGAGUUGUCUUUGCAUAUGCGAAUGCAUGCUGAAAAAGAAGGUGGAGAGUACCGCUGUGAUAUGUGUUACAAGUCUUUCAGCCAGGGAUCUUUACUGAAGCAGCAUCAAGAGAGUCAUGUUGGCCAAAUUGUAUAUGAAUGCACAGAAUGUGACAAAGCAUUUGCUUUUCCUCACUUAUUGGAGGAACAUCAGCAGACUCAUGUAGGGUCCUCUCAGUAGAUAACAAAUGUUAUAUUAAACAUCUCUCCUUUUGUUUCAAUAACUAAACCUACAUUUACUUGAAUUUCCUUUUAUGCCUUAUAUCUUACUGUACCUCAGUUCAUAAUCACUAUUUAGAUCCGUUUUGUAUUUUUGGCCCUUGUUUCAUACUCAUGAGCUGUUGGCUGUUGUCAGUUUGACACAACUUUUUCUCCUUGGUUUCAGCUUACAUUAUGUAUUGUUUUAGGAAGUAUUAUUCUUAUUUGUAUACAGUGUAUUAGCUAUAAAAAUGUUUGUAAAUAGAAAAAAAGUGUGUUAAGUUUAUAGAUUUCCUGCGUGAUAUCUACAGACAAACCUGAUUGAAUACAAUGUUAAUGAAACGUCUUUGAUAAUGGUUCAACUUCUGGAUCAAGCAUAAACAUGUGUUAGACUUAUUUUUUUGAAACUGUUUUUUGUCUUUAUUUUUGAGUGAUUGGAAAUUCAAACGGGGCAUUUUUAUCUUGUUUCUUUCGGUGACUGCUUAUGUACUGAUACUUUAGAAGUUUUGUGCUCAGCAUUUUCCUCGGUUCAUCAUUUCAUUUUGAUAUAAGUAUCUUGUACAGAUGUUUGAAACAUGUUCAUACUGUAUUUUUUUCACAACCUGAGGAUGUUACUUUGUUAAAGAAACUUAAGUUGAUGCAUUCAAAGAAGGAGUAAAGUCAACUAUAAAAUGUAUUUGUUCGUCUUGUCUUAUCUCACCAAAGGAAGGUGGAAAAAAUCUAGAGAAUACUGCCUUUUAUAAACCCAUCUAGCCAAUGUUAUUAGGCCAAAAUGACAAACCUAACCAAAUUACAGCAACAAGGAUUAAAAUUGGUUGGUCCAACAAAGAUUGUAAGGUCAGCAAAAAACAAAAAAACUUGUGGGGUG